ACCUAACGUCAUUUUAAGGUAUUGUCGAGAGAUGAUUGGACCGAUCGAAUGUAUGGAUGUUUUAAUUGGAAACGCAACAUGUCGCGAUUUGCUUGAUUAGAUUAGGGAAGGUCCUCGUAUAUUUCUUUCACAUUAGCGUUAUACUUAGUGAAUUUUCAGCAGUUUGCAGCAAUUCUUAAGUAUAUUAUUUACGUUGCAAUGCGCCGAUAAUGUCGCUAAUCUCUCAGAAAUAUGUUGGGAAAAGGUUUCAUGGAAAGGUGAACAUAACCCUACGACAAUGAGAUGCACCAUUUCUGAAGCGAAAUACAUCCUUUUUAUCGAGAAUAAGACUGUACAGUGAUACGAUUAAAUAAAUAUUAUUGUCCAAGUUGUUUAGUGCUUCGAACAAUAUGGGAUUAUUAUUCGCAAAAUUGUGGAGUCUUUUUGGCAAUGAAGAACAUAAAAUAGUUAUGGUAGGUUUGGAUAACGCUGGUAAGACAACAAUCUUGUACCAGUUUCUAAUGAAUGAAGUUGUUCACACAUCACCAACUAUUGGUUCCAAUGUUGAAGAAGUAGUUUGGAAAAAUAUCCAUUUUAUAAUGUGGGAUUUAGGUGGACAACAAAGUUUACGAGCUGCAUGGUCCACUUAUUACACUAACACUGAGUUCAUAAUUAUGGUCAUAGACAGUACAGAUAGAGAAAGACUCGGUGUAAUACGAGAAGAAUUAUAUUCUAUGCUAAACCAUGAAGAAUUAAGUAAAGCCAAUGUCUUAGUUUAUGCUAAUAAGCAAGAUUUAAAAGGUAGCAUGACAGCUGCUGAAAUUUCUAGACAACUGGAUUUGACAUCGAUUAAAAAACAUCAGUGGCACAUACAAAGUUGUUGUGCACUUACAGGAGAAGGGCUUUAUCAAGGUCUAGAGUGGAUUGUUGGACGCUUAAAGAAGACAUGACGUACAUUAUGAGGAUUCAUUUUAAAUAUAAUAAGAUAUUUAAAAUGUAAAGUAUAUGUUUAUAUAAGUUACUGUGCCACUUUAAUGAUUGUACAAAUGAAACGAGUAUGAAUGAUCAUUUUUCAAAUGGUACACUAGCUUCAUGCAUAACUUAAAGUGUCACUGUAUAUGUUGAUUACAAUUUUUGCUGCAGACACUUAACGUAUCAAAUGGUGGACGGGUAAAUUUUGUCUUAUCUAUUAAUGUGAUAUGAAAAUAUAAUGGCAAAUGAUUGUAUCUAUAAUGUAAGAGUAAAAUAAUGUUUUAACUAAUCUCUACAUAAAAAAUAUUUAAGGAAAUCAUGUUAUAAAAGAAAUUCAAAAGAUUUAAAAUGUCAGGAGUCUUUUAUGGAGAUUAUUAUUGAAUUAAGAAGAAUCUGUAUAGCAACUUUUUUUUUAUCUGUCUAUGAAGAGAUGUAUAUUACGAACAUUCUACAACAGGACUGCCAAAUUAAAUGUAUUACGUAUAAUUACGUGUUACUACUUUUAACUAUAAAUACUGCAUUUAAAUUACAGUCUGAGAAGUAUAAAAUAUUAUUUUUGAUUCGGUAAUACAUUUUAACGGAAAUUCUGUAUGUACGCGUGAAAAGUAUAGAAUUUAAUCUCGAUCCCGUCCACCUACGUUUAUAGUAAACGAAGAAUAGAUAAUUUAUUGGUUCUAUUUGAUUGAUAUGCGGACAGAAACUAGUUUGCUCUGCGCGACUUCCAAAACUAUACCUAUGUACAUAGUUUUUUAUACUCCGCAUUAAUAGUAAACAAUUGUAAAAAGUAAACUCCGAUUUAGCACCAAUUAAACCACAUAUUUUUCAAAUUUCUGUGUGAGAAUUUAAACAAUUCAUAGGGCUUAAUACUGCAUACAUCUUAUAAGAUUUCAUGGCUAUGUUAUUCAAUUGAUUGAACUAAAUAUUUAAAAGCAGAAUACUAACUGCUCUGUGAUAUGUGGAUUCAACAGUGAGACGGUUGUUUGUUGGGAACAUUCACUCUGCAUUCUAUAAAAGAAUGGUAACUAUGUAGUAGAAAGUAUGCUUCACAUAAAUACAAAGAGAUUAUUUUGUUGUAAAAGAAAACUGAUCGUCUCAUUGUAAAUAUUACGAAUCUUUUUAAUGCUUCAAUCCAUAAAUAUCCAAUUGACAGCUGUCUCAUUUAUUUUAUUUACUUCAUAAUUAUAACGACUAAUUUUUGUGUAGUUAGAAAUACUCCAGUAUUUAAUAUCUAUUAAAAUUUAAAAUAUUAAUUGCAUAUGCAAAAGAUCAUUAUAGACAUUGUUAAGAUCAUUGUAUGAAAGAUAAAUGCCGUCUAAGCCAGAGUGAGAUAAUACAUUUAAAAUUUCGUAAAAAUAAACCGUAGUUUUCUCAUAUUGAGAAACAAAGCAAUUAAUUGUCUUAUAUAUAUGAUACAAUACUGCAAAUUAUAAACGAUACUAUUGUAUAUUCUCGUUAAUAGUUUUUCUUAUGUAACAAUUCCGAAAUACACAGUACAAGUUAUGGUUCGUUUUACUUUAUCGAAGGUUGUAAGUACACAAGUCACACCAGUCACAUAUGCUUGUGCACGUUUAAACUUCACAAAUGGCAUGAUUUCAUUUUUUAAGUUAAAAAUUUAGGAAAAUGUAAUUGUAUCGUUCAUUAUUAAUGAAUUCGUGUAAUAUAAAUUGAAUAAUUGCGUAUGAGGUCGAUAAUUAGAUGAGGAGUGAAACUAAUGUAAAAUAAAUUUAUCAAAUUUUCUUUUGCAGGAAAUAGGCAAAGAAUCAAGUAUUGUAAUUUUGUUAACACACAGUUUCCAAUUUCCUUUGAUUAUGUUUUUGUUUUCGAAUACUUCGCAUUAUUGAAUCUCAUUGACGACAGACAUAACUUGAUCAUAGGUCAAUGUUAUGUACAUGUUUCAUUAGUUGUUUCAUAUAAAAAAACUCAAAAUUUUCCAAUUUAUGUAAUGAAAUCUUUUAAAUAAUAAUAAAUAUAUUUUAUCGUAUUUUGUUUUGUA